CGGAGCGGCUCUUCCGGCGCAGGCGGCGGCCCGGCUCCUCCACGACGCGCCCCCGCCGCUCCCCCGCGCGGCCUGAAGAGGCGCCGCCCGCCGCUGCCGCCGCCGCCACUGAGGGAAUGCGAGCCGGGCCGGCGCGCGCGGGAGGCAGCGGCCGCUGAGGCGCGUGGGGGGCACGGCGGUGGCGCCGCGGCUCAGAGCGCUCCAGUCGGCCCGGCCCGGCCCGCGUCCCCCCGUCAAGCCCGCGCUCACCGAAGGCCACCGCGGCCAGCGGCCCGAGUCGCGCGCCAACACGUGCGCCGCCGCCACCGCCGCCGGCCCGGAGCAUGCCCGCCGCCGUCCGGACGCUCGCGCGGGACCAGCUGGCGGCGGGGGCGCGCGGGGCCACGGGGUGCAGCCGGCCCGGCCGGGGCCGUGGAGCCCGCGCUGCCCGGGACGCGGCGUGAGGCGGCAGCCGAGGAGCCCGGAGCGCGGCCCGCCGAGCGGGAUGCUGGCACAUGUGUCUUGGUCCCUGACUCCCUUCUGUGGACACACUGAUCAUUCCUCCUCCUGUGGUGGAGACGUCGAGGGAGCUGCUCAGAUCUACAGGUCUUCAUUGAAUUCUGUCAUGGUUGUCUAAGGAAUCUUGCCUAGAAAGUCCCCACAAGCACGCAGCUCCCUGCCGCCUGGAAGGCGUGGACUCCAAGAUGAUCAUAAAGGAAUACCGGAUUCCCCUGCCAAUGACCGUGGAUGAAUACCGCAUUGCCCAGCUGUACAUGAUACAGAAGAAGAGCCGGAAUGAGACCCACGGGCAAGGCAGCGGGGUAGAGAUCCUGGAGAACCGGCCCUACACAGACGGCCCUGGCGGCUCCGGGCAAUACACCCACAAGGUGUAUCAUGUGGGCAUGCACAUUCCUGGCUGGUUUCGCUCCAUCUUGCCCAAAGCAGCCUUGCGGGUGGUGGAGGAGUCCUGGAAUGCCUACCCCUAUACCCGAACAAGGUUCACCUGCCCCUUUGUGGAGAAGUUCUCCAUUGACAUUGAAACCUUUUAUAAGACAGACACUGGGGAAAACAAUAAUGUGUUCAACCUGUCUCCUGUGGAAAAGAGCCAGCUGAUAACAGACAUCAUCGACAUCGUCAAGGAUCCUGUGCCCCCCAGUGAGUAUAAGACAGAAGAAGACCCCAAGCUGUUCCAGUCAGUCAAGACUUGCCGGGGACCUCUUUCUGAAAACUGGAUUCAGGAGUACAAGAAGCGGCUCCUCCCCAUCAUGUGCGCCUACAAGCUCUGCAAGGUGGAGUUCCGAUACUGGGGCAUGCAGUCCAAGAUUGAAAGGUUCAUCCAUGACACAGGUCUGCGGCGGGUGAUGGUGAGGGCCCACCGGCAGGCCUGGUGCUGGCAGGACGAGUGGUACGGACUGACCAUGGAGAAAAUCCGAGAGCUGGAGAGGGAGGUGCAGCUCAUGCUGUCCCGCAAAAUGGCCCAGUUUUCGGAGGAAGGCCCCUCAGAACUAAGCAAGGACAGUGCCACCAAGGACCAGGCAUCUGGAACAACCUCUGAUCCUGGCAGCAAAAACGGGGAGCCUCUGGGGCGGGGCCUGAAGAAGCAGUGGUCCACCUCCUCCAAGUCCUCAAGGUCCUCCAAGCGGGGAGCCAGCCCCUCCCGACAUAGCAUCUCAGAGUGGAGGAUGCAGAGUAUCGCCAGGGACUCCGACGAAGGCUCGGAAGAGGAGUUCUUCGAUGCACAUGAGAACCUGUACUGCACAGAGGAAAAACAAGCCAAGGACAUGACCAAGUGGAACUCCAACGACCUCAUGGACAAAAUGGAGAGUCCGGAGCCUGAGGAAUCACAAGAUGAAAUCUACCAGCAGAGUGGCUCUGAGUUCAGGGUGGCCUCCAGCGUGGAGCAGCUGAACAUCAUCGAGGAUGAGGUGAGCCAGCCACUAGCCGCGCCACCCUCCAAGAUUCACGUGCUGCUGCUGGUGCUGCAUGGAGGCACCAUCCUGGACACUGGAGCGGGGGACCCCAGCUCCAAGCAGGGGGACACCAAUACUAUCACCAACGUGUUCGACACCGUCAUGCGCGUGCACUACCCCAGUGCCCUAGGCCACCUAGCCAUCCGCCUGGUGCCCUGCCCACCCAUCUGUGCUGAUGCCUUCGCCCUCGUCUCCAACCUCAGUCCCUAUGGCCAUGAUGAGGGCUGUCUGUCUAGCAGCCAGGACCACAUCCCCCUAGCUGCCCUGCCCCUGCUGGCCACUUCCUCACCCCAGUACCAGGAGGCAGUUGCUACAGUGAUUCAGCGGGCCAACCUGGCCUACGGAGACUUCAUCAAGUCCCAGGAAGGUGUGACCUUCAAUGGUCAGGUCUGCCUGAUUGGAGACUGUGUUGGGGGCAUCCUGGCAUUUGAUGCCUUAUGCUACAGUGGCCAGCCAGUGUCUGAGAGUCAAAGCAGUAGCCGCCGAGGCAGUGUGGUCAGCAUGCAGGACGCUGACCUGCUGUCCCCGGGCACCCUGGCGAAUGCAGCACACUGCUCCGGUGGCAGUGGCGGUGGCGGCAGCGGAGGCUCCAGCCUGGAGAGCAGUCGGCACCUGAGCCGCAGCAACAUUGACAUCCCCCGAAGCAACGGCACUGAGGACUCCAGAAGGCAGCUGCCCCGCAAAAGGAGUGACUCGUCCACCUAUGAGCUGGACACCAUCCAGCAGCACCAGGCCUUCCUAUCCAGCCUCCACGCCAGCGUGCUGAGGAAUGAGCCCAGCUCCCGCCGCUCAAGCAGUUCCACGAUGCUGGACGGUGCCGGGGCCCUGGGCAAGUUUGACUUCGAGAUUGCCGACCUCUUCCUCUUCGGGUGCCCGCUGGGGCUAGUCCUAGCCUUGAGGAAAACAGUCAUCCCUUCCCUGGACGUUUUCCAGCUGCGUCCAGCGUGUCAGCAAGUGUACAACCUCUUCCACCCCGCGGACCCCUCAGCCUCCCGCCUGGAGCCGCUGCUGGAGCGGCGUUUCCACAGCCUGCCGCCUUUCAGCAUCCCUCGGUACCAGCGCUACCCGCUGGGGGACGGCUGCUCCACACUGCUGGUCGAGACCGUGCAGAGAAACCCAGAGCUGGUCCUGGAGGGCGGCCCCCUGGCCCCCCUCCCCCACGGGGACAGCUUCCUGGAGACCAGUAUCCCUGUUCCCGCGCUCACCUGGCAGGAUGGGCCCCGCCAGAGCCUGGGCUGUUCUGAGUCGGAUGUGCUUCAGACCCACAACACAGUCUUCCAAGAGCAUGCAGCCCCCUCGUCACCUGGCACAGCCCCUGCUGGCCGUGGCUUCCGCAGAGCCAGUGAGAUCAGUAUCGCCAGUCAGGUGUCAGGCAUGGCCGAGAGCUACACAGCGUCCAGCAUCGCCCAGAAGGGUCCCUCGUCGCUCAACCACACCCCCAGCAUCAGGCGCCUAUCCUUGCUCGCCCUGCCCCCCCCAUCCCCUACCACCCAGGGUCCCCGUGCCAGGGCAAGGCAGGUGAGCCCCAACCUGGAGCGGGCCCCCUGCCUCCCUGACUUGGACAUCGGAGAAGUUGCUGCCAAGUGGUGGGGACAGAAGCGGAUUGACUAUGCCCUGUAUUGCCCGGACGCCCUCACGGCCUUCCCCACGGUGGCCUUGCCCCACCUCUUCCACGCCAGCUACUGGGAGUCAACCGACGUGGUCUCCUUUCUGCUGAGACAGGUCAUGCGGCACGACAGCUCGAGCAUCCUAGAGCUGGACGGCAAGGAGGUGUCCGUGUUCACGCCUUCACAGCCCAGGGAAAGGUGGCAGCGCAAGAGGACCCACGUGAAGCUGCGGAACGUGGCAGCCAACCACCGGAUCAAUGACGCAGUUGCCAAUGAGGAUGGCCCGCAGGUUGUGACGGGCCGGUUCAUGUAUGGGCCCUUAGACAUGGUCACCCUGACUGGGGAAAAGGUGGAUGUGCACAUCAUGACGCAACCACCUUCAGGUGAGUGGCUGCACCUAGACACUCUAGUGACCAACAGCAGUGGGCGCGUCUCCUACACCAUUCCAGAAACACACCGCCUGGGGGUGGGCGUCUACCCCAUCAAGAUGGUGGUCAGGGGAGACCACACAUUCGCCGACAGCUACAUCACUGUGCUCCCCAGGGGCACAGAGUUUGUGGUCUUCAGUAUAGACGGCUCCUUUGCCGCCAGUGUGUCCAUCAUGGGCAGCGACCCCAAGGUGCGCGCCGGGGCUGUGGACGUGGUGCGACACUGGCAGGACCUGGGCUACCUCAUCAUCUAUGUGACCGGCCGGCCCGACAUGCAAAAGCAGCGGGUGGUGGCAUGGCUGGCUCAGCACAAUUUCCCUCAUGGUGUGGUGUCCUUCUGUGAUGGCCUGGUGCACGACCCACUGCGCCACAAGGCUAACUUUCUGAAGCUGCUCAUCUCUGAGCUUCACCUGCGCGCACAUGCGGCCUACGGCUCCACGAAGGAUGUCGCAGUCUAUAACUCCAUCAGCCUCUCUCCCAUGCACAUCUACAUUGUGGGCCGCCCCACCAAGAAGCUGCAGCAGCAGUGCCAGUUCAUCACGGACGGCUAUGCGGCCCACCUGGCCCAGCUCAAGUACAAUCACCGGGCUCGCCCAGCCCGGAACACGGCCACGCGCAUGGCUUUGCGCAAGGGCAGCUUCGGCCUACCUGGCCAGAGUGACUUCCUUCGCUCUCGGAAUCACCUGCUCCGCACCAUCUCGGCCCAGCCCAGUGGGCCCAGCCAUCGGCACGAUCGGACACAGACCCAGAUGGACAGCGAGCAGCGGGGCCAGCGCAGCAUGAGCGUGGCAGCCAGCUGCUGGGGCCGAGCCAUGGCAGGCCGGCUUGAACCAGGGGCAGCCACGGGACCCAAGUAGGACACUCUCAGGAGGCGCUGUGGUCUCCAUGGUGCUAGGCCAGGGCACCGGCCCUCCUGGGAGGCCUGGCCUGGGCACACACGUCAGUGGCUGGGGACAUGCACAGACAUGGCCUGAGAGCGACCCAGGGCCCCUUGGAAGACAUGGCCAUGCCAACACAGCCCUCCCAGCCUUGCCUGAUGCCCUAGGCUCUAAGGAGCCCAGCUGGUUAUGGGAUCUGGCAGGAUGUCCAGCCCAUGAUGGAAGAGGAGCCAGGAUCGGCCGCCUAGCCCAGCCUGGGAGGCAUUCCUGGGCAUCUUGCUCCGUGUUGAUCUCUCAGCCUCCUGGUGCCAGGCGUGGGUCUGGGCCCUGCCUGCCACCUCUCUGUCCACUGGCGCCCCUUCCCAUUUGGUAGCGGCUCCAAUGGGUCCAGUCCACUUCUUGUUGACUCCAGUUCUCAACUGUCCAACCUCACUGGUUUUGCACUAGUUUUUGAGAGUGGAGACCCGUUACCAUCUCCUGGCUCCAGACAUGUUGACAUGCAUGAAAAUCCAGUCUCUGCUGACCCAGGCCAGGGCCUGUCACCACACAGAGUAGUCCAGUGUGGGAAAUCUUCACGCAAGCAGGAGAGAAAGGCCAUAUCGUAAUUUCUGCUGCCUGCCCGGUCUGUUGACACCACGGCAGCCCAGUGGCAGUCCCAGACUGCUACCCACCCGUCCACCUGCCCCACCCAGAGCUCAGUGCAGUCCCGGAACUGAUGUCACUCCGGGCUGUGAGCACAGCACAGGUGUGAGGCCAGCCACGUGCACAGCUGGCUCUUGGUAGCCCACCUUGGGCAGCUGGACCUGGAGAAGCCUGGCCUCCACCGACGCUCCCGCCUGCUCAGGGGCGGGCGGGGGGGGGGGUCCCCAUGUCAUGGCUGCUGCCCACUGCGUUUCUACGCCUUUCUACUUCUCCAUCUGGUUUCUAUAAGGUUUUUUUUAAACAGGCAAUCUUCGGCUGCUUCCUUUUCUUAACUCAGUGUCAGCGCAGCCUGCUACAUUAGGAACACCCAGCACUGUGACAGGGCCCCACUCAGUCUGGCCUGUGGGCCCUGCACCUGGCCCACAAUUCCACUGACUUCCUAUUCUGGGGUGGGUGGGGCUCUUAGGUUUUCUUAAUGCCGUUCGUUUAAUGUCGACUCCAGGAAGCCACAGCUCACUCUCCAGCCUAAGGGCACACAGCCAUCUUAUUGCUCCCCAAAUACGGUUGGGCAUCCUACACACUGGGUCUGAGCCCCUGCCUUCCACACAGCACUGACCACACCUCUCCUGCACCUUCCCUGCAUUGGCUGAGCCCAUGGAGCUCCAGCCCUGGGUCCAGCGAUGGGGCUCUGUGCCUGAGUCUGCCAGGCCAGACUCAGAUGCAGGGCCAAGUGGCUGGGCCCAACAGGUGUACAGGAGACACUGACUCUGCUGUGUAGCUGUGUACAGCACAGGCGUGUGGGACUCCCGCCAUGGCGGGUCUACACAAGAAGAAAGCUAUUUAUUUUGUGCAGAGGAAAAAAAAAACUGUCUGGAGGGGUGAGACCUUCAGGGUCUUCUCAUAAGGUGUAGCUUUGUGUUGUUUCCAGCGUUCUGUAUAAAGCAGUGAUUAUUUUAUGGACCAAGAUUCCAUGGAACUGUCACAGUAAAAGUGCAAUAUCUGUCCCACCACUCCCCACUGGGGGCCCCACAGGAAGCUGCUGGCCCGACAAUCACUGCCCCACCGGGGGUCCCCGGGGGCCAGGGCCUCCUCCCUCAGCCCCACCCGUCUUGCCUCAGCCUAGGUGACCAGCCAUUGUGAGAAGCACCUGGAAGCCUCAAGCCACCUGCAGUAAAGGCAGGGGGGGCCUGAGGUCAGUGGGCUUGGUCUCUCCCCUGGGCAGCCCCUUGUGGCUCUGAAUGCCCAUGCCUGCCCAGCUGUCAGCCAUGCCAAGGACAACAGCAAUAGUCCCCUGGGCUCUCCCAGGGCCCUCAGCCAUAGAUGGUGAGACGGGCAGCCUCCCUCCAAAACCUUACUCCAGUCUGCUUUUUGUCUCCCUUAAGAUUUCCUUUGGCUCGUUCUCUUGAGGAAGCCCCACUUCUACAGAAAGUAAGAGAGGAAGGAAGGUCAAAGUCCUUUAAAAAUACCAAAAAAAUGUUUACAGUGUCAGGUGCUGAGCUGCAGGGCUCAGGCCUGGCCAUUUGUAACCAAAGGGUGAGGCAGAUCUUGCUGGCUGCCACCCACCCCAGGCCUGUUAGAAUAGAAGCCUUAGUCAGUCCCUCCCCAUCCCCAGUCCCCAGGACUGAGCCUUGAUGCCACCCAUCACCAACCACCUGCCUUCUCUUUGAUUUCUAAAGAAGGAUUCAGCCAAGUUCCCCCAUCCCCUUUCCCGGCUCUGUGUGAGCUAGCCCCCACCCUGCCCCGUUUCACCUUCACAUCUCAGACCCCUCCCAUCUGUCCUUGUACUGUCUUGUUUCUCCCGACCAUUGUGUAAACUGUGUCCUGUCCCCACCCCAUGCUGUCUGGCCUUAGUGUGCUCUCUGUAUACCGUGUCACAGUCUGUUACACCAAUUAAAGAAGCAGGAGGCUUC